CCUCGAUGUAAUUACCAGUUGCAAUAGUUUGGAAUCCCCUCUCUGAUGGUUGUUCCUUUGACUAUCUUUUUCUCCGUCAUCUCACCAUUCUUAUCCUGAACCCACCAAGGCUCCAAGCUAAGAACCACUGCAGCCUGGUUCAGCUCGGCUAAAAUGGAACCUAGACUGAGAAUAAAAUCUUCGUUUGCCUGUUCCUUCACCUACUCACCAUCCUGACCCCCUUCAUCCGCUCAUUGACGAGAUGAAUCGCCUUCCAGACGAGAUUCUCCUCCUUAUCGUUGACAAUAUAUACCUGCACAGAGACAAACGCAAUUUUCUCCUGGUUUGUCGCCGCUGGCGCUCGGUCCUUUACAAAUCAGUCAACCGCAAUGUUUGGAUCAACGGAGGAUGCAUUCGCCCUCUUGUGCUGGCAAUUCAUGACAAUCCUGCCUUAGGAUCCGCUAUCCAAAGUUUGAGGCUGCAUUGGUGGUCUUCCUACACGAGGAAGGCGGAGAACCACGACAUAACCCCUGUCAUACCACUUGUGGCGCAGAUAAGCCAAUCUGAGGAGGAAACCAAAGAAUGGGAGGAAGCACUGAAGGAGGGUAACCAAGACGCAUGGCUUGGUUUACUUCUGUUAUCCCUGGAGAACCUCAUCGAGUUGGACAUGCAUUAUACAUGGAACCCAAUUUUCCUCCGCCGAGUCAUAUCACGCGCCGCAAUGCGCGAGUAUCCACUGGACACCAAGCCAGUUUUGCAACGACUAGAGGCCUUUUAUGUCGAUGCCAGCGAUGACAAUAAGGCCUACUUUCCCAGCGUCGAAUUUCUUCCUUUCUUCCGUCUUCCGUCUAUGCGGACUGUAUCGCUGGACUCGGUGGUCGAGUCCUUACAUAGGGAAAUCGACCAUCCGGCUUUCAAAGCUUCCAGGGGCACCUCUCCAAUCGUCUCUCUGGCAUUCGAUAGACAUUCGAACGGCAGCAAAGGCAUGGCGGAGUUCAUCACAUCCUGUGCGAAUCUUGAGCAAUUCGAAUACUCGCACUCAAAUCAGGCGAUCUGGGGAGAGCAAUACAUUAGCUUCCGCCCUAGGGCGUUUUACACGGCACUUUGCUCGCAGAAGCACAGUUUACAGGUAAUUCACUUGGAUGACACAGAUGAACUCACAGGAGCCGAAUCUGACGAGGAAGACCCUAACGACCUUCCUGAUAACUGGCUUGGGUCAUUCGCGGAUUUCAAUAAGCUCUGGGAUCUUCAAGUUUCGGUGGCCAAUCUUUUGAAUUUCCACAAGAGUGAUCAGGUGCCGAGAGUUUCAUCGCUCAAGGAGAUCCUGCCGCGCAGUCUGAAACGACUUCACUUGGGAAGGUUCCAAAUUUCCCAGUUGGAUCUGGUUCGUUCUAAUCUGCUGGAGGUGGUGGCCUGUCGGGAGGAGUUUCCGCACCUUGAGCAGCUGGAAUUAGAGACAGGAUUUAAGCAGCUUAUCCAGCAGGAAUCGGGUCCUCCGUUGACUAUCAAACAAGCACUUGCGCCACUUAUAGAUGCUUGUGAGGAUGUUGGCAUCAAGAUGACCAUCGUCCGCUGGUGAUCAUAGAGAUAUAAUGUAUCAUACACGUUUUCGAACUUUCUGUUCAAGCCAUUCAUACCAUGAUUCAUGUUCGCACAAAACCAUAUCUUCAAUUUACAUGUCACCGGUAAUACCACUACAUGUCUAAUACCUGUGACG